UUGCCUGUGAUUUCGGGCAUUUGUCGGCGAGCCAAAAUCGGGGCUAAAAUCGUGCAGUCUGAACUCGGCUUUAUGGAUUGUUGGGUAGUUAGGCCCACUGGCCAUAAAGUCAAGUGACUGACUGAUACGCAAAGCUCUUCUUUAUUGCGCGGUAAAGUUAGUUUCAGGUUCCAUAUUCGCUGCAUAUUCGCCUAUAGGCUGCUUAAGGAACCGUCUGCAAAUUCCACUCAGUGCAAAAACAUAAACAAAGUGAUUUUUUUUUUUUUUUUUUUUUUUACAAUGUUAGCCUAUAGUAAAUGGCUGGUGUGCAGUCUGACUUUCUAUAUAUAUGUGCUUUUGCCAAUAUCUCACUAUACGCGUACAGUACUCAAUUAUUUUAGGGGAAAAUUGCAGGAAUUCACCUAAAUGUUAUUUUCACAUUCCAGUUGCUGUAGUACACCAGACAAUACACUGUACAUGUAAAGUGGCCUAUAGCCUAAUAUUAUUUUUAGAAAAAAAAAAAAAAAAAAACGAAUUCACCCGCGUAACCUAAUUCACAAAAGUUUUUUUUUUUUUUUCACGUUUCAAAGGUUGAAAUAGGUCUAAAUUACUAACCAGACUAUACCGCUAACAGAAAGCGAAAGUGUAGGCUACAGUGCAACUCAUUCUGACAGAAAACGAAAACGAAAUGUUUUUUGCGUGUUCAUGCGAUUCAGCGUCAUUGACUAGCGCAAACUGGCAGAGAUGGCGUCGAAACGUCCCUUUUCUGAAGAGGAUUUUAUGUGCCCUGUUUGUUAUGACAUUUUCAAAGAUCCUGUGUUGCUUGGGUGCGGUCACAGUCUGUGCAGAGACUGUACCCAGCAGUACUGGGCGGCCAAAGGUUCAAGAGAAUGUCCGCUGUGCAGAAAAAGAUCCACAAAGAACCCUCCCGUUAACCUGGCUCUGAAAAACUUAUGCCAAACUUUCCUGGAUUACCGGGGUCCUUCAGAGGAGCUGUGUGAGGUUCACCGGGAGAGGUUGAGUCUGUUCUGUCUGCAUGAUGAACAGCUCGUGUGUGUGCUUUGCAGAGAGUCACACGAACACAAAACACACACGUGCCGUCCUGUCGGUGAGAUCGCUGAAGAACGUAAGAGACCUUUUCGAAGUGAACUUAAUUUUUUGACUAGAAAAAUUAAGAUGAUAGAACAUGCCAAAUUUGAAUGCAAUCACCAGGCUGAGCAUAUAUGUCACCAGGCCUGGCACACAGCGAAUGUCAUCAAGAAGGACUUUAAGCAUCUUCAUCAGCUUCUGUAUGUUGAAGAAAAAGCCAUGCUUGCUGCACUGAACGAGGAAAAAACACAGAAAACACAGCUCAUGAAAGACACAAUUGAGAAGAUGAAUGAUGAAAUAUUAUCUCUGUCCAGACUGAUGACAAAAUUGAGAGGUCAUUUGGAUAGUGGGGACAUCCAGUUCCUUCAGAAAUUCAAGGAUGUGAUGAAGAGAGCCCAGGACAUGAACAAGGAUCCAGAUCCAGUUCAAGGAGGACUUAUUGAUACCGCACAAUACCUGGGCAAUUUGAAGUUCACGGUGUGGUCAAAAAUAAGACAGUCUGUCAGUUACUCUCCUGUGGUGCUCGAUCCCAACACCGCUAACUCUCAACUUAUACUGUCUGAAGAUCUGACAAGCUUGAGGAACGAAGAUGAGCUUGAAGAGGAAGACGUGGCUGGCGUGCAGAGGAAGAAGCUUCCCUCUAACCCGGAGAGAUUUGAUAAGUUUCCCUGUGUUCUGGGCUCUGUGGGCUAUUCCUCAGGGACACACAUUUGGGAUGUGGAUGUGGGAGACAGCACUUUCUGGAUGCUGGGAGUCACUACAGAGUCUGUCCAGAGAAAAGGAACCACCAGUUUGCCCAGCGGGGUCUGGUGCAUUGGCUAUGACAGCGACACGCUCAGUCUGAAGGCUCCUCAGGAGUCAUGCAUCCCUUUGCCUGCGUGUGAGAAACCGAAGCGAGUGAGAGUGAAGCUAGAUUUGGAUGAAGGACACCUUUCAUUCUCAGAUCCUCUCAGCAAUACACUCUAUCACACAUUCAUGACCAAUUUCACGGAGAAGGUCUUUCCAUUCCUCUGCAGUCUGUGCAGCUUCUCUCCUCUGAGGAUUGUGCCUGUGGUCAAGCCCUGUAAUUAAAAGAGAUAUAGGGCCCUAUAAUACACCCGGCGCAAUGCGACGCAAGGCGCAGCGCAAGUGUGUUUGCUAGUUUGCGUCCGGCGCUGUUCGCGUUUUCCCGUUCAGCGCCACGUCCUUAAAUUAGUAAAUG